CGUUUUCUUUUCUCUCAAAAGUUCACAUCUUAGAUGUUUGGUGAUCCCAAAUCCACUUUGUUUUUUGUAUGUUUCUUCUCAAAUGGCGAUGGCCAUAGCCUUAUCACGCAGCAGUCUCAUUCCUUCUCCGACCAAGAAACUCCCCCACUUACUCUCCCCAACCGCAACCCUUUCCUUCCCUAACAAAUCCCUCAACACCAAACCCCCCGUAAUGUCCAUUUUCCGUAGCCGGUUUGAUGGUUCAGCCGGUGAGGAAACGGAGGCGAUCGACGAACCUUGCUUCGAUUAUUUGGUGGAGGAGGAGAGCGACGAAGAUGACGAAACAGAGAGCAGCGUUGAUUUGUUGAUGAGGUUCUUGCAAAGCAUGUUCAGGAAGGUCUCGAAGCGUGCCAAAAAGGCCUCUCGCUCCGUCUUACCUGCUGCAAUAUCGCCCCAGCUGGUGUCUUUUGCAGUUGAUGGAGUCCUGUUGUUGGCUGCACUUUCCGUCUUCAAAGCACUUCUUGAGAUGAACCUGGAGCUUACCUCAUGUGGAUCAUGCAGUCACCUUGCAUUCAGCAGGUGGUUUGCACCCUUGGAGGUACCGUGUUUGUGGUCAUCCUGCUACUACGUGUGAUUUGGGCUGCUGUUUCAUUUUUCCAAUCAAGUGGGAACAGUUUUAACCAGGUUGAGGGUUCCUUUAGCACUACACAGCCAAUAACAUAACCUCAUCAUCUGUAUGGACUAAAGGAUUUUGAAUUUUAUAUGGAUUUACUACUUUUUCCUCGUGUAAAUGUGAUUAGGAAAGUGUAAAUGUGACAGUCAUACUAGUUUAUACUAAUAUUAUUGAUCGAAUGGUUCAUGUACCCUGACCUUUCUUGUGUAAGGCUGGAAAUGAACUCAAAAUUUUGCCA